AUUUACAUAAUUAACCUCCAAUAUAUUGAAACAGAAAAUAUCCAAUAUUUAUAAAUCAACAUUUUAAUUUUAUAUAGGAAAUUGGUUUCAAGCAUUCGCAUACUCAGUAAAAUAUAUUUAUAAAAAUGUAUCAGAUUUAACCAUUUUAUAUUAAAUUCCUGAAGAAAACUAUAAUUUAUAAACAUUAGAAUCUUUAAUAUAAAAUCGAAAAAAAUCCAACUAACCAUUUUCAGAAAAUGAAAUUCUAAAUUUUAUAUAUGAAAUAGCUGAAUUUUUAUAUUUAGGUUCUUGUUAAACUUCUGAAUAUUUAGACAUUAAUACUUCAAAUAUAUAUAUCAAUUAAUAAGAAUAACAUUUAAUAAAAUAUAAUAUUUCAAAUUGUGGACUAGGUUUUAAAACACUAAACAAAUAAUGCAGAAAUUAUAAUUGUCCUUCUGAUACUUUUUAUACAUGCAAGGUAAGCGAAAGAACAUUACAUUAAGGACUUCGUUCUAUUAUUUUUAUUUUAGGAAUGAUUUCACUAUAAAUGGCAACUCUUUAAAAUCCUUAAGUAUAUUAUAAUUUUGAAGGUAAAAGUAUAAGAGAAGAUUCUAUUUUAAAAAAGUUAGAUGAAAUAAAAAAACAGAAAAUUUUUUCAGAAAAUUUUAUUUAAUUAUUGAAUUAAAUGCUUUAAAUAAAAGAAGAAAGAAGAAUUUUUUUAAAUAGUCUCUUCUCAGAAGAAAAUAUAAAGCUUUUUAAAAGAGAAAAGCAAUUUUCUUCAAUAAAAAUAAACGAAAAUUAUUAUAAAUUUGUAGGCAUGGUUGAUAAAUAAAAAAAACCUAAUGGAAAUGCAGAAUUAGUUUAUGGAAAUUUUUCAGUUUAUAAUGGGCUACUUAAAGAAGGAAAAAAAGAUGGAAAAGGAAUUGUUUUACAUGAAAAUAAUUAAUUUUUUUUUUUUUCAGAAUGGUAAAAUGAUGAUUGCAAUAAUGAAGGUAUUCUUUAUUUUAAAAAUCCUUAAAAUGUCAUUUAUGUAGGAAAUAUUUAAGUAUAAGAAGGAAGCUAUUUAUAAAAUGGAAUGGGGUGUCUUAUUUAUAAUUCGGCUUAUAUUCUAUAACAUGGAGCAAGUUCACCUAUAUUUUUCGAAGGAGAAUUUAAAGAAGGGUAAAAAAAAAAGGAACUUAAUUUUACAAAGAUGGGUAUAAAUACGUUGGUGAUUUUAAAAAUGGUUUGAGAAAUGGAUAAGGAACACUUUUUUGGCCAUAAAAUUUUAAAAGUUGGGAAGGAUUUUUUGUUGAUGAUGAAAUGCAUGGAAGUGGGUAAAUGAAAUUUGAUGAAUAAAACUAAAUUUAAAUUAUUGAAUUUUCAAACGGAAUUGAAAUAAAAUAAAAUGCAUAAAAA